AAAAACAAAUGAAGUUCUCAUUGGCUAUCGCAUCAGCAAUCCUUGCCUUCGCAAGUGCAGCUCCUUCAAAGCGUCAAACUGAAGGCGUUGUUGAAACCUGCGACAACCCAAAUGCUAUGGCCAUCACCUACGAUGACGGUCCAUACAACUGGGACUACAACGUCAAUGACCAAUUCAACGCCGUUCAAGGAAAGACAACAUACUUCCUUAACGGUUACAACUACGGCUGUAUCUACUCAGAAGAGAACGUUUCACACUUGAGAGCCCUCUACGAAAACGGCCACCAAAUGGCCUCACACACCUGGGGUCACGUUCACCUUACUCAACUCACCAACGAGGAAAUCGACGAGCAAGUCCAACUCGUUGAAGACGCUUUAUGGAAGAUCCUUGGUGUCGUACCAAAGUACCUCCGUCCACCAUACGGUGAAGUCGACGACAGAGUCGUUCAACACCUUCAAGACAGAUGGGGUAUCACCGUUGUCAACUGGUCAGAUGACUCAGAAGACUCACUUGGUGCUUCUGACGACCACAUUCUUGGCUUGUACGAUAGCUUCGCAGCUGACGGUAGCCACACCCCUCGCAUUGUCCUCAACCACGCUACUUACGACACUGCUUCUCGUCUUCCACAAAUCUACGUUCCACAAAUGGCUAACGCUGGUUACUCACUCCAAACCGUCGCUGAAUGCCUCAACGACUCACCAUACAAGGUCGUUGGUGGAUACUCUGAGAGAGAUGACACCUGGACUUGUGAAGGUAAGCCAUUACCAGGUGCUGCCGCUUAAAAAAAUCGCAUUAUCGCUUUACCGCUUUAAUUUACGACUUACAUUUCUCAAACAUGGAUUUUAUAAUAUAUUUGGACAAUUUUAUUUGACUAUUAUUUAAUGAAUUUAUUACUAUCAUUAAAUGCAUUUUAUACAGUGGCACCUUUCUC